CGCCAUCUACGUUGAUGAAUAUUGAGUUGGUUGCAGCAGCCUGAAUUAUUUUUGCAGUUUUGCCUAAAAGAAAUCAAAAUCUGCGAAUAUUUCAUGUGUUCUUUUUAUGAGAAGCAUUGGAUACUGUGAAUAUGGAGCUUGCAUUUGUUGCUGACUGGCCGAAAACGGACGCUAAUGUUUGUAUCAAGAAACUUAUUGAUGAUUGUGUGCUCAGUUGGUCAUGCCGGAACACUGUAGCUUUCACAGCCAUAGGCAAUCCCAAAGUACCUGAAGAGAGGGAGGUUUACCGGCCAACGAUACACAUCGUGGAUCCUGACAGGCCAUGGGAAGUUUGCAGCUUCGGAAGCGAGCACAACGAUGCCAUCCAAGCUUUGCAGUGGAACAGCGAGGGGACCCAGCUUCUCUCUGCUGAUGGUUCGGGGUCUGUUUACCUGUGGCAGAUGCAGCAUCACUUGAUGAAUGACUGGGUGUGUACCGCUGAAAGCCACAUUCCUGGUGAGCCCGUCGUUGCUAUCUCUUGGCUGCGGAAUGGCAUGAAGAUCACUUACAAUGUUGACAAUAUUGACAGCCCUAACAUGCUGGAUAAGUUCUCCAGGACACGUUUCACUCCAAGCCUGGCGGAGUUUGGCAUGAGGCCAACACAAGGCUGGGUCCUUGUCACGGGAACUGGGCUGGUUUCUGUAACUGUUCUUAAAGAUGGGAAAACAACCGUCGUGACAGAGAGACUUGGGAAUUCAAGAAAUCACAUUGCUUUGGCUGAUAUUGCCUUCACAAGUACUGGGCACAUUCUGAUAGCUACAUCAGAUGGAGGUACAAGAUGUCCUCUCCAGUGUUUUAAAGUUACCCCAGCAUGGAAAGAUGAUAAACUGCAUCUGUCAACAGAAUACCUACCUUCUCUGUACAUGCAAUGUCUGUGUGAGAUCACCAGUAGAGAUAAAUAUCCAUCUAUAACAUCUGUUCAGUUCAUCAACAAGGAAUGCACAGAACAACAGCUUAGGUCAGCCCCCACUGAACAACUCCUGGUUUGUGCUUCGGGUUCCAUGGGAUCUUGUAUAGAAUGCUGGACAUUGAAGAAGGAGGCUAUACCAUUACACAAACUAUUCCAGGCAGGUUCUCCCCACCAUAGAGAUCAACCUACAACACUGAAAUGGGUGUUCAGUGCAACCUACAGUGAUUCUUCCAUCAUCACCUCCAUAGCUCUACCAAAGCUACCCCUUAAGCUCUCUAUGAACUCCCUGUACAAUGGCCCGGGUAUGGCUAUAGCUGUAGCCAACCAAGAAGGGACCAUUAAACUAUUACACAGAUCAUCUCUCAAGCCGUGUGCAGCACUACGAUACGAAGGAAUCAUGAAAGCCGAACCAGGCCCACCAGCCAAAAGACCCAACUUCAAUGGCAAGCACCUAGUAUGUAUGGAGAUGUCUGUUACGUGCUGUAGCAUGGUGGCUAUAGAUCGAACUGGAGCCCUCUGUAUGUUUAAGAUCGAACCAACGCUGGGCCAAGGCUUAGACCAAGGUACAGCCCGAGUGCAUACCAUCGCCCAGGUGGUACACCUUCUAGAAUACUGUCUCGUCACUGGCUAUGACUGGUGGGAUCUACUGCUGACAAUCACUCCCAAUAUGGUGGAUACGGUGCUGGAUCGGCUUUCAGAUUCUGUCAAUAGACAAUCUAGUUCUACUCAGGAGCUUCUCUUCACAAGGCUUGUUGCUGUCAAGGCAAGCUUGUACAGGCUUUCUGCUAGUGGGUCUGGCAAGGCAGUUGACUGUUAUGGAAAGCUGCUUCUCCAUUCCACUGCAAACGUCUUCAAAUCGUUACUCAGGGCAAGUGCCAUCUCCUCACAAGACAAAGGGCCAGCAGAGAAACUCAGUGCCUUGUGUGCAAACAGCACUGAAACCAACCCAGACACAUUGUUGAAGAAACUAGACAGCAAGGAGUAUGUUGUCGAACCAGCUACCUUGCAGUGUCUACAGCCAUUGAUCCAGUGGGUAGCUGAUUACACCAUAGUGAGCCUUGCUGCUGUACCCCCUCCAGGGAGCCCUACCAACAGACCAGGGGUGAGUUUGAUGCGAGAUGUACCCACUCUGGUGAUGCUGAGAGAACUCCUUCUUAUUAUCAGGAUGUGGGGUAGACUACAGAAGAACUGCCUUCCGGUCUUUACCACUACUGCAGAUGACCCCGACGUACUCAUACCAAGUCUCUUUCGACUGGUCUCUCAAAUUUGGGUUCACUAUCAUGAUAAGCAACCAACAGAACUAGAUGAGUCUCUCAUUGAUGAAUGCACACUCUUACCUAGUCAGGUUGGUGUUCCUCCAUGGGAUCUGUCUCCUGUUACUGAAGGCUAUACAGGCAAGAUCCACGUCAGACAUGGCCAGUCAUCGUUCCAGUUCGGCACCCUUCCUGGUCGUAUGAUCAGCAUUGCUACUUUCAGUCUUGGUCCGGAGAUCUACACCCGAUCCCUGACGGACAGGCUCCAUCAGAAAUUUGACGUGGUCCGUAAGCUGAGUCUCGGUGUAACUCCCCACAAAGAGAUUAGGAGAUGCUCAAGGUGUUCCUGUAUAUCACUGAUGCCUCCAGUAACCCAACAAUCAUCCACAGUGAGGGUGGUCUGGGAGAAACGCUGGGAGAGGAACUGUUUGUGCGGAGGUCUGUGGCGGAAAGUGACAGUUCAUCCUGCAUAAACAUCCAUCCAUCGUGAUCAUGGAACGAUAAUCUUCAGAUAGGCCAGAUGUGGUGAUUUCUUGAGAUCUUCAUCCGUCGUGAUCAUUGAACGAUAAUCUACAGACGGACCAGGUGUGGUGGUUUCUUGAAAUGUUUCAUCAUGGCCUGGGGGAUGAGACGUCCCUCUUGCUGAGGCUGCUGUACAAAAUUGAACAUUCCAGGGUUGGACGCUUCUCAACCAUCUCCCCGGGAUUGCCUCCUUUAUGACCGACUAACUCUUUUAUAUGUGACCUAUAUCCCAGCAGUCAGUCAGUCCAUGAUUUGGGCUUUGGAAGAGAAACUGUGGUUCGUGGCUGAAGAUGAGUGCUCAUAUAGCAUGAUCAAUCUUGCGACUUGAUUCUGUGACCAAAAAUGAUAGUAGCUGAAACUGCACAAGCUUUUGGACCGACGAAAAGCACAAUUAACUGAAAGUAGUGUUUCAUGUAAACAUUCUAACACCCAGCGCAUGCUACAGGAUCCGUUGCGAUGCAGUGUUUAGCAAAUCUCAUUAGAAUUAGCAAAUCUCACCGAGUCCAAAUCGGUGUCAAGUCGCAGCUGAUAAUGACGUUACUGUGAUUUGGAAUGGGAUUUGCUUUUAUCUCUAAAGAGAGGCUAGAAAUAGACUAGAAUUUCAAUUUUGAUAUAUGACUGUACAGCACUUUGAUUGUUAAGAUUUUAUAGGCUGGAAUGAGUGUUCACAUCAAAUGCUGUUAUAAUUUAAUUUGACAAUCGUAUGGCAACGGAUGGUAUAGUGUGCACCAGGGUUUAAUUACCAUUGAUGCAUCUCAUAACCCAACAACGUCCAUGGUCUAAAGGCCACUGCACACCUUACGACCCGACCGGUCGCUGACUGGCUUGCGACUGGGUGAGGGGAGA